AUGUAUAAAAAGAGACAUUCAUGGGCAACUGCACAUAUAAGAGGGAAGUUUUUUGCUGGUUUUCGGACUACUUCUCGGUGCGAGGGAUUAAACUCGAUCAUUGCAAAGUAUGUCAACUCAAGGUACAAUCUGGUUGAGUUCAUUCAACACUUUAAUCGUUGUGUCGACCAUAUAAGGUGGAAAGAGGUCCAGGCUGACCUCGCCUCUGUGAAUGGGAGACCCAGAAUGCAAACCUAUUUUCAACAGUUAGAGAGGAGUGCUGCCAAUGUUUACACCCUAUCAAUAUUUCAUAUAUUCCAACCAAUCCUUGUACGGGCUGCAUCAAUGAAGGUAAUAAAUAUGAAGCAAACUGGCUCUUAUGUGAUUUACUCUAUCGGUUUGGACCAAACGCCAAAUGAGAUGUGGCGUGUAUUCUAUUGUGACAUUGAGAUGGAAUUCAAUUGUUCAUGUAUGAGAAUGGAAUCACUUGGCAUACCUUGUGAACACAUAGUUUGCGUCUUGGUGCAUGAAGAUAUAGAGGAGUUGCCAAGGUCAUUAGUCUUGCCUCGGUGGACCAAGACUGCCAAAGUGGGUUUGCAAAAUGCGGUCGGGCUUCAUUGGGAUUCUUUGAUGCUAAGUCAGAGGAAGAUGCUGCACAAAACGGGGGGGGUCAAUGAUGCAGAUAGUGUAAGAGAUGGUGUGCAAGUGGAUGCUUCUGGAGCUGGUCUCGCAACCAAUGAUCUCGGACAUAGCAUGCCAAGGGACCCAAGAAAAUGUAGAAAAAAAGGGGGGGCUUCACAGUCCAAUAAAAGAAAACAUCGAUGUGGACAGUGUGGCAUGGAGGGCCACAAUCGAACAACUUGUCGUGUUCGUCGUGGCAUCUCACAGUCAGAAGGCCUUGGAAAUGACACAUUUGAUAAUGACUCGGAUGACCACAUGAACAUUGAAGAUGACUCAUUGGUAUAUGAUGAGAGUGCUUCCUACAAUAGCAAUGAGGUGCUCUUUUGCGAUGGUUGA